GUGGAUUUGCGAACAUUCAUUGGGCGUAGGAGGCCACGCCGUUGAUGCCGCAUGAGGCAACGAAGGCAACAUCUCGAGGGCCGGCCAUGAGUGAGGCGGCUCCGAAGCGGCGGAGGACGGCGACGGACGGCGAGGGUGCAGACGGGGAGGCCAAGGCGGACGCCAACAGCCCGCAGCAGCAGGGCACUGCACUGCACACUAUAGACGUAGAGGCCUUUGCACAGCGCUUCAGCCAAAUCGUAAGUCAAUGCCAGGGGAAGCAAGCAACACAGCACUCACUCUGAUCUUUCUUCUCUGGGUGGUCUGGUAUGGUGUGCGCGUUGCUCAUUCAGGCUGCUGUGGUGGGGUACGUCUUCUCGUUCUUGUCACUGCACCUGGUAGCGCAGCUGCCCCAGCGGCUGUGGCGUCAUGUCGGCGUACAGAUCACGCGGCUGACGGUCGACUUCUACGACACGGAUGAGCGUCGCUUCUGGUGCCGCCUGUCGUUCGCUGACGCCUUCGCGUGGGGGCGGCGCCUCAGGCAGCUCAAGCACAUGGCUCUCCGCUAUCCCAGCCACGUGCCCCACUUGUCUCUCUACAAUGCGGGUCUGCACUCGACGGUGAGGGACACCCUGACGGCAGUGGUCGAGGGGCACUGUGAUGGGUCAAAACCGAACGCCACUCUCGAGUCCAUCGAACUCAUCCCCCCUGACGCACAAGGUGCCCCGAGCCCGUGAGAUGUGUUUGCAAGUGAAUACGUACUUCUAUGCGUGCACACGUAGGUGGUCACGGGAGCGAGUUUCUACGGAGCAUCGACGCGGACGAGAUGCAACAAGUGACAGCCAUUGGAAGGGACUUCAACUUGACCCAUUGGAAGCCCCCUGAGGUCGAUCCUCCCCCUACUACGCUCGCGUCUCUCACCUCCAUCACGGGCGUCGAAAUGGAUGCCGCACGCAGCUCGAGUGACCGCAUCUGUCCCGGCAGCGGGCGGCAGUGGGACAUGCCGUCGCUCGAGAGGGUGUGUGAUUUCCCGGUCAAGGUGCCGUUGGUCCUCGACCUGUACACCAUCCUACAUGCCGGAUGGACGGGGAGACGUUGGGAGAGCUGGUGGCGACGUCACGACGCUUGAGGGAGCUGGAUGUGUGGAUCGAUCCCGAUGAGUUAGCUGAUGCAUUGGAGGCCAUCCCCGUGCCAGCAGAGGGCGGUGGGCAGUCGGGCCCUCUCUCGCGGCUCGAGCACAUCGGCACUCUCACCUUUGGUUCCGGUGAUGGUCCUUUCAGCGAAAAGUGGGCCCUCAGCAUCGGCGAAUGGACGGCCGCAUUGCAGCGCUUGCAGGUGUGUGCGACGGGAGGCAGGCAAUAUCAGUUCGCAAUGGUCAUGCGCUGCCCUCACGGUUUCUGCAGACGGUUCUUGUCGAUCGUGGGUGCCGCUCCAUCAAGAUGCUGAAUGUGCGUUUUGAGUCUGAUGUCUACUUCCAUAUCUUCGCGGCCCUGUCGGCCAUCGAGACCUUCACGCGCACCGUGUGUCUUAGCCCCGACAUCCCAGUCAACAUCACCGAGAUGCCACUUGUGGACGACUUUGAAACCUUCUUCGACAUGUCCCUCCUAUGUGCCGUCCCCACUCGCCCGUCUCCCUCCCCCUUUGUCCAGAGGCACCUCCAGCAGCUGGCGGCCGACACACUGAAGGCGUGCUUUGUCGUCCGUCCCGAACACUUCACCGACCCCCUCGACACGCCAAACACUUCACCGACCCCCUCGACACGCCAAGCCCCGCUGCAGCCGCCCUUGCCCAGUCCAUGACAUUCCUGAAGGCGGAGCAAGUGCAGGUCUUCAAGCAUGACGGUGGAGACUGGCAUCCUGACGCUCAGGCCGAGCCGCCCAAUCCCGCUGUGGUCGACCAGCUGCCCGACGGCGCAUUCCCCGCCGCAUCACAACUCUAUAUCUGCUGGAGGGAGGGCCAUGUGGUCGGCAAGAAGCUGGCGUCGAGGAUGCCGGCGCUGAGAGAGAUCGAGGUGCGUGAGGCAAUGGAGGCGGAUGCGGUGGGCGUGCUGGAAGCAGUGGGCAAGGCUGAGCAUUGCGGCGCUUUGAGGUCUUCGUUAUGCAGGCUGUGAGCGAGGAAGGGCUGCGGUGGGGAGACAGAGCUGAGGAGCUGCCGACCAUCGAACGGCUGCAUAUGUGCGUUGACGGUGAGCUGCAAAAAGUGUCUUUGAUGUACUCCGUCCCUACUGUCUUCUCUUCACUUCAGUACCUCACGACUUGGGCGAUGGCGAAGCCGCUGGCGAGUUCGGCAUCUCUUGUGUGCCGUCUCUGCUCAAGAUCCGCGGCCUCAAAGAGCUCAAGUUCUGGCUGUUGCCUUCCGCUGCCUUCAAGCGGCUGGUGGAGGAGCGCACACACGGCGACAAGAUCGAGGGCCUCCCUGGACGCUUCGGGACAAUCAAGUGGACGGCAGGGAUGAGUGUGGCAUGCCUGGAGCUGAAGCCAAAGCCCAUCUAGGUACGGCGCGACCAUGCUGUUUGUGUGGCGCCGUGUCGGGCCCUUAUUUGUUUUUUUUGGUGUCGGUGAGUGAGUGUCGCCGUCACUGACAGCAAAGUGCAUUGCCAAAUCAGUAGCGGUGGUGCUAGGUUGCACUUUACUUUGUUAUUGUAGGGUGGCGUGUGGUGCGCGUGGGGUGCGAUGGGCUGACUGCCUUGCCCACUUGUUUGUCGCUGCCUGCUGACUGCCUCGAUAUCGUGCUUUCCAUGUGCUGCAUGAUCUGCAUGACAUGCUGACAUGCUGAU